AUGGCUUCUUUUACCGCCAGCCGCGUUCAGGCUUCGGGCGUCGCCAGGGACUCGUCCCUGGUGGCUGCGCGGUCCGCGCCUGUCGCCCCCGUGGCCCGUGGGUCGAUUGCCGCCCCGGCUAACGUGCUCCUCGCCGCCAAUGCCCAGGCCGUGCAGAAUGGCGUGCCCGCCAGGCAGGCGCGCUCCCAGCCCAAGCGCGGUGUCGUUUGCGCUGCUGGCAAGGACGCUGCCGUUGCUGAGCGCGAGGUGACCCUGGACCGCUACCGCAACAUCGGUAUCAUGGCCCACAUCGAUGCCGGCAAGGUGGGGCCCUGCAAGCCAGGGAGGGCCUGGGGCGGCCUUCGCACAGGCUCCCCUCGGCGGCCCUGGCGCCCCGCGGGCGCAUGCGACACUGGCGUGCAUUGCUGGAUCUGA